AUGGUCGAGAUCAAGGAGCUUCCUGACGAGCCUCCAGCGCCGCCCAAAGAUGCCGUAGAGAAGCGGAAACCCCAGCCCACAGUAGUACAGACUACAGGAGAGAAAAUCAAGGUGUUCCGCCGGCCCUACGCUCAUCACUUGUUCAACAACAAAGCCGACGAAUUCUGUUCGGAAUGUCUGAAGGAGCCGGAGCUACAAGGCAAGCUAUUCCAAUGUACUGGAUGCAAUUUCGUCAAGUACUGUAGUAAGGAAUGUCAGAAGAUGGGGUGGAGAUUGCACAAAAUGGAGUGUAAACGGCUCCAGAAGUCGUUCCCUAACCUGCCGCUGAGUGAUGUGUUGUUCUUGAGUAAGGUAUUGGACAGAAAGGAGUUAAUCGAGAAGAAUGGUGACAAAUAUGGUUAUGAGAUGGCUAGACCAUUGAGCUCGUAAGUAAAUUUUUUACUUAUAAAACAAAAAUAUUAAAAUUACAGACUGAUUGGUCACGAAAAUGAUGUUAGAAAAGACAAGGAACGCAUGGAGAAGUUCAAGAAAAUAUUCCAGAAGAUCCAAACCUUCAGAGACGAAGCUCUAAACGGCGACAUUUUCUUCGACAUCUACUGCAAAUCCAUGGUAAACUCUCUUACCGUACAAUCAAUGAAAGGCAUUGAAGUUGGGAUUCUGUUAGAUCUAGGUGUAUCACAAUAUAAUCAUUCUUGUCGGCCAAACUGCUCAAUCAUGUUUGAUGGAUACUACGUGUUCUUACGACCACUAACAUCUGAUAUCAACACUGAAGAUCCUAAGACGGCUACUAUCAGCUAUACUGAUGUAGGAAGAUCGAGAUAUCAAAGGAGACGAGAAUUACAAGAAAAAUGGUAAGAUUUUACCUGUUAUAACAAUGUUAAGUGACUUUUUUAAAGUAUUUUAUCCUGUAAAAAUAAUUCAAGUGCUCUCAAAUGCUUUCCUUAUCAUAAAACAUAAUUAUCGUUAUCAAAUAACAAAGCUCUAAUCACCAUCUAAUUUACUAUAAUAUAGGUUCUUUGAAUGCCACUGUGAACGCUGUGAAGACCCAGAAGACGACAUUUUAACUGCAUUACGAUGCAAAAACAUCCUAUGUGAUGGCGCAGUACUUAUCAGCGAAGACAUGGAACCAAAAGCAGUAAAAUGUAAGAAAUGUAACACUGUAGCAGACAUAGAGUAUGUGAUUCGCGGCCAACAAACCAUGCUUGAGUUGCCUGUAAGAUAUUCGACUGAAGACAAAGUAGACGAACUAAAAGGCCAUUUGGAACGAGCUAGACCUAUUUUACAUGAAAAGAACGUCUAUUUGAACCGAUUGGAAACUGCUAUUGUUCAGUUGAGUGGAAAACUAGGGGUAUGUCCACAUUUUAAAAUCAAUUUUUACCAAAAAUGAGAAAAAACACAGUUUUAUCCAUCAACCCAAAAGAUUGUGUAGAUAUGUUGCCUAAAAACAGACUUAUAGCACAUAAAACUACAUAUCCAUCUAGUGCAAUAUAGUUUUUUUUCCUUUUUGCAAACCAAAAACGCAUACGAGAGAAAAAUCAUGUAAUACACCAAUUACAGGACAACAUUGCCUCAUUAUAUUCAAAAGUUCAACAAACGUUCUCAGCCUGCUUCCCAGCCACCGAGAAGAACAAGGUCAACGAAUUGGUCGAGAAAUGCGCCGAACUGAUUAGAAAAGGACAACGGAAAGAAGCAGUACCUUUUGCUUUUGAUGCCAUGUGUAUUCUAGAAGCUCAAGCCGGUCUAGCACAUCCCAAUUACCUACGAGUAUUAGCUUUGUGGACGUUCUUGGAUAAGCAACCAGAGAAAACCAAUAAGGAACUACUUGAACUGACCCAAUUAGAAGACGGUGGAGACAUAAAACCCAUUGAUAUCACCCAAUUCUUGAACGAUACACCUGUAGAAGCCAGCAAAUGA